AUGCGCACCGUCUUUCCCUUCACAUUUUUGUGUGUCACCCUGAGUAACAUACCCACAGCACACACCAAAGUAUGCAUACGCGUUCCUUCCUACAUUACACAGAACAGUAACAACGCCAAGUAUGUCGUAGCCGGGAGGAAAAUAGGAAUGCGAGGAAGGAGGAAAAUAGGAGUGUGGGCCAAGAGGAAAAACAUAAUUUUUGAAGAUGUUGUCACGCAGAAAGACAUUUCCAAUAUUAACCUGAUCGUGUUAGCUCUGAUGGAGUUCCAAAAACAACACAACAGUAUGGUCGUCCCGGAGAACUACAUCUUGAAGUCGCAGGAGAAUGAAGACUUAAAGAACUUCAGGCUAUGGAAGAAACUACAGGACAUUAAAAAUGAGAAGAGCGAAAAGAAGAAAAAAUAUAUUUACUUCGUUCUAAAGAAGAUGAAUUUUCCUCUGGAUACCAUAUUUAAUGCAGACGAAAUGCAGGAGUUUGAAGGGGAUGAUGCAGAAAUAACAACCAUGUCUAACUUGUCUACGGAGGAAAACGUACACUAUGAUCUUGACGAAAGACAGGAAGUUAGGAAAGAGCUCUUCUCUCAGUAUAUUAGAAAGCCAAAGGACAAAGGGGGCGAAGACGUGAAGGAUUUCCUCGCGUCGUACAAGUUCGUUCCCAGAAUAGCUGAACAGAACAUCCUCCCGAGUUAUUCAAACAAAGCCACAAGGAAAAAGGGAAUACUGAAACAGGUUCUAGAAAAUCUAAAACAGGAUCAAACAUUUAAAUUUAAUUACGACUACUACUACAAUAAUAUUUAUAACAAUCUCAAUGAUAAGGAUGUAGAUGAUUACAUCUCGUUUGUCCUUAAGUAUAAGAGGACCCACGGGGAUGAGUAUGAUUUUUUUAUCAACGGGAGUCGACCUUCCCUUUCGAAUGAGCUCAAUCCGAAAGAGAAAAAAUUCUUGCUAUACACACGGAAGGAGACGGAAGGAGCCCACGCGUAUGAUUUCGACAAAUGGUCCUUCGCCGACUUCGUAGAAGCCCUUGUCUAUUUCAACGAUUUGUACUUAGACUUGAAUAGGGAGAGGUACGAGAGGUUCAAGACCGACCAAGAGGAGGAGAAGUUGGAUCUCGUCGAUUUUAACCUUUUGGAUCCAUCAUUCGUCGUUCCAAGUGAAGAUACGUGGCCCAGCGAGUGGCACGGCAUGCCCUUGGGCAUGUACAUCAACCAACUCAGGAUGGGCGACAUUGACGGCAAGUUCCAUUUCAUUAGGAGAAAAAUUUUAGAUUAUCUCCUCUUCGAUUUUAAGACAGAGGAGUUUGAACAGAAGUACAUUCACUUUACCUGGAGGAAGCUGUACCUUGGGUUGGCUUGGUUCAUCCACACAAGAGGACACCCGAUAGUUAUCACCCCCAUGGAUAGGAUCCAGUUCGACACAUUUUCCAUGGAUUUUUGCAAGCCGGAAGAAAUUCAGGGACUACGCUUAGGAUUUCUAAUCAUUCAAGCUCAAGCCCACGAGAAGAUAUUCUGGAAUAACUACCAAGAUAGAUUCGACUUUAUGAAGGGCCUUGAAAUCAACAUCAGAAGUGCAGACGAACUGAUUUUCUAA